AUCGUAUUUUCAUCAAUUACUAAAGUAUAUUUAAUUGUAUUAAUUAUACAAUCAGCAAAAUUAUAUUCAGGUUUAAAAUAAAAAUUUACUCUGGAACGCGCGGAAUCGUGGAACGGAACGCUUUGUAGUUCCAAAUACGGCCGCGGAGGGCAGCACUGUCGGCUUGGGUUGUUGUUUCCUAUCCGCCAUUUUCCAGUCGCCAUUGAAAGGUGAAAACUUCGCUAAAUGUCGGUGAUGAUUUUAAGAUUUUGAGUGGUUUCUUUAAGAUUGUACUUGUUUUUAGUGUUGUGAAAUGAAAAUGAAGUGCCCCGGACUACCAUGACGCAUCAAAAUCACCAAACAAACGGUGCAAGUCUUGAGGAUUGCCACACAAACUUCUUCUCCUUGACGGAGUUGUAUGGCAUAAAAUGGCGUAAGCUAGUUUGGGGCGAGACAACCGGCGGCGGCGGCGAGGGUGAGGAGGGCGCCGCGCCGCUCGCCGACCCGGUGAUCAGCAGCUAUGCCCGCUGCCUCGCCGGCGAUAUCCUGUGCGUCUGGAGGCGCGUGCCCGCUCCCCAGCCUCAGGAUAUCUAUGAGAUGAGCGCGCCGCCCGCGCCGCCGCCGCCGCUCUCGCUCCGCGCCGCCAAGGAGCUAUGGAUCUUUUGGUAUGGCGAAGAACCGGACCUGAAUGGCUUGGUUGCGCCGGAGCUGAUUGCUGGACAAGGCGACCAAGGAUCUUGGGAGAGUGGACUAUCCUACGAGUGCCGCUCUUUGCUCUUCAAGGCACUCCAUAACCUAAUCGAAAGAUGUCUUCUAUCCCGAGAUUUCGUGAGGCUGGGCAAGUGGUUCGUGCAACCGUACGACGGAGAUGAAGAGGAUGUUGGGAAAAGCCCCUGGCACCUCUCGUUCUCCUUCGCGUUCUUCCUGCACGGCGAGAGCACGGUGUGCGCGUCCGUGGACGUGCGGCAACACCCUCCCGUGCGCACGCUCACCGCCAAGCGGCUCGCCAAGCUGAACGGCCGGGAACGGAGCGCUGAUGCCGAUAACAAGGUGAUCCUGGCGCCCUUCGGUCUGGAAGGCACAGUUACCGGGCGCGACUGGAGCGACUCUGACGCGCCAACCGCGCGACUAUUGGACGCGUGGCGGCAACUCUACCCUUUGGAGCAGGGCUGUGGAGCUGUUGAGGUGGUAUGCGGCGGCGUGCGCAUGCGCUACCCGCUGCCCUACGUGCUGGUGACGGGCAUGGAGCCGCCGCCCGCGCCGCCGCGCUCCGCCGCGCCGCUCGCCGCCGCCGCCGCCGCCGCGCUCGCCACGCCCAAGCCGCACCUGCCGGCGGACGUGUGCUACGCCGAGCCCGGCGACAAAGGCGAAGACUUCGUCGAUCCCACCCGAAAAACCCCCUGUACCUGCGCCAAGUGGCGGCGCCGCCGCGCGCGGCCCGCGCCCUUCCACCGCCGCGCGCCGCCCGCCCGCGCGCCGCGCCCACGCCACCCGCCGGGCGGGCGCGCGGGGUCCACGUUGAAACCCGUCGUAUUAUCGGGCGCCACGUGUGUCGCGUCGCCUCGCUCGGUCGUUGACCUACGCGUGUGGUGUUGCAGAGGCGGCGGGGCGUGCUCGGGCUCGGCGGCGUCGCCGGGCUCGUGCGGCGGCGGCUCGCCGGCGGCCGCGGGCUCGGCGCCGCCCUCGGCCGGCGCGGCCGCCUCCCCCUCCCCCGCGUCGCACCCGCACCCCCAGCCCCAGCAGACCGCGCUCCCACACCAGAGCGCGCUGCCGCCGACGACGCUGCACACGCCGGCGCCCACGCCGGAGACGCACGCGCCGCCCACCCCCGCGCCGCCCUCCGCGCCGCCGCCCACCAAGCUCUACCCCCAGGGCGACUCCCCGCGCGACGCGUCGCAAGCCACCAACCCGUCGCCGGUGCCGCCGGAGCUGCUGAAGCGGCCCGUGCUGCCGCGGGGGGAGACUCGCGUCGACCCGCUCGAGGACGAGCACUCGCUGCACAUGCUCUACGACUACACCACCGUGCACGCCUGGCUGGAACACCCAGUGAAGCGUUUCAAGAGCGACGAGAACACGUUCCGAGAGGAGCUGGCCCUCGGCAGCACGGGCGGCGACCUGUACGCCGGCCACGACCACACGCGCAUGGCCGUCAUGCCCGACCACGCGGACGUCAAGCACGACCAUGAUGACGCAGCGUACAAGAACCUCUACACGUCUGACGGCCUCUGCCCCACGCUGAAGGACCUCGACCAGAUCUUCGAGAACUCGGACGACGCGGCCAGCGGGGAUGAGACGGUAAGACUUCUUCAAGUACAAACGCCCCCGGACUCGAACAAGUCGUUCGAAGAGACCCGCGGCCGAAUGGUGCGGGCCGAAGAGCUGAGCAAGAUGUUCCCCACCCCACCCUCGUUGGAGCCGCACGCUGCCCCGUCGCCUGGGUUCACCCUGGAGUUGGAGCCGUUGAGGCAUGCGCAUUCACACGCGCAUCCGCACCUCACGCCUCACGCCACGCCCCCUCAUGAGCCUAUUGAGGAUUGGUCGUAUGUGUUCAAACCGCCCACCGUUUACAAGUGCGUCGGGUCAUCCAAAUACGCGCCACUGUUAUCUCUACCGUCCUCGUCGCUCCCGCCCGUCACGCUACCUCCGCAUGCUGUUUACCGGCCACGGUGGCAGCAAAGUGAGGAGGAGCCACAGCCACAGACAGGAACGAAGCGACCCUUGUCCCCCCUGGCGUCGCCGGCCAAGCCGCCCGCCACGCCGCCGGCCGGCGCGGCGCCGCCCGCCUCGCCCGCGCCGCGCGCCGCCUCCCCCUCCCCCGCCUCCCCCGCCACGCCGCGCGCCGCCUGCCGCGCCUGCCCGCUGCUGCUCAACGUGCUGCUCGCCGACACCGUGCUCAACGUGUUCCGCGACCACAACUUCGACAGCUGCACGCUCUGCGUCUGCAACGCGGGGCCCAAGGUUGUCGGCAACAUCCGAGGAGCGGACGCAUCCACGUACCUGCCAGAGACCGCGGAGGCGGCCGACGAGGACCCCGGGCGCUGCACGUGCGGGUUCAGCGCCGUCGUCAACCGGCGGCUCGCGCACAAGGCCGGCCUCUUCUACGAGGACGAGAUGGAGAUCACGGGCAUAGCGGAAAUCCCGGCGCGGAGCAGUACGCGGAGUCUAGGGGCCGUGGCGGGCGCCGUACUCGGCAUGUGCGCGGCUCUGGGCGGCGGCAGCGCGUCCGCGCUCACGAGAGCGGCCAGGCACGCGGCCAGGGAGCGCCACGACCAGAACGACAUCAACCUGCUCGAAUACUCUGACGGCGGCGCGGCGUGCGCGCGCGCGCUGCGGGCGGCGGGGGCGGGGGCGGCGGCGGGGGGCGGCGUGCACCGCUGGCCGUUCAUCGGCGCGCGCGCUCCCAGGUGCUCCCGAGACGUCAUCAGAUUGAUGCGCCGCCUCCGCCCCCUCCUCCAAGACGCGAUCCAGAAGCGCUGCUGCGGCGCCCGCAUGUGGGACGGCGUGGCCGGCCCCCUCACCUGGAGACAGUUCCACCGCCUCGCCGGCCGCUCCAACGAGGACCUCUGCGAACCCCAACCCGUCCCUCCCCUCCUCGUCGGACACGAUCGCGACUGGAUAUCGCUAUCGCCGUACGCCUUGAGGCAUUGGGAGCGCUUAUCCCUCGAACCUUACUCGUAUUCCCGGGACGUCGCCUACGUAGUCCUAGCGGCUGACGGCGAAGUCUUAACCGACCCUAUUAAAACGUUCUUCAGAGAGCUAUCGACGGCUUACGAAUCGUGCCGCUUAGGACGACAUCAACCUAUCAAUCGAAUAGCGCGCGACGGCUUAAUAAGAACGUCACCGAGCGACCGCGACCAAACAGCAGAGGAAUGGACGGGAGAAUUACCAACGGGCCGACUUGGAGAAUACAUCAAAUCCUACGCAGAAACGUUACGAACGAGCAUAGUACCUCAACUAGCGAGUCUUAGCAUUGAUAGGUCGUUGUUAGAAACGGAGACCAAGUCGACGCACAUAGAGCGGCCAUCGCCGUCGCCGAUGCGGCCGCCUUCGACCCCGGAUCACCCGCCGACGCCGAGCAGUCAGAGUGACCAAGAGAAUGAGACGCCGAAUAUGUCGUCCAGUGCUAAUAACAGUACAGUGCAUAACUCCUGGGAAGAGGAAGAAGGCGGCGCCCCCGCACUAGUGGUAUACGUAGUGGAGCCUCCCGCCGCGCACGCGCACCGCGCGCACGCGCUGCACGCGCUGCUGCGGCUGGCGGCGCGCACGCACCACCACCUGCGGCACCACAACCCGCUCGUCAAGAUAAUCUCGCUAGAUGGCGUGUGCGAGACGGCAGGUCUCGGCUCGGGCGGGGGGGAGCUGCGCGCGCUGGCCUUCAGCGUGUUCACGGGCGCGCGGCGCCUGCUGCCGCCCGCCGCGCCCGGCAAGUCGCUCACCGGCUUCGGCACCGCCGCGCAGGCCCGGGUGCUCAUCGAAGCUAUGCAGGAAAAGGACCGAGCACCCUACAAACUGUUCUCACCCGCGUGGGUCCUCGCGCCUCCACGUGCCCUCAAAGAAGUCGCGGAAACCUGGGGCCACUCGUGCGGCGAACAGGGCUCCGUGCUGUUCCUGUCGUACUGCCUGUCGCACGACCAGCGGUGGUUGUUUGCCGCCGCCACUGAUGCGCGCGGCGAGCUGCUCGACACGCACGCCGUCAACAUACACGUGCCGCACAGAUCGCGACGGAGACGAGCGCUGGGCGCGCGGCGCUGCGGGCUGACCAAGCUUAUGGACUGGGCGCUCGGCGUGAUGAGCCAAGCUGCUCAACCGUGGCGGCUCGUGGUCGGCCGGCUCGGCCGCAUCGGCCACGGCGAGCUCAAGGGCUGGAGUUGGCUCCUCUCGCGCAAAAACCUCACCCGCGCCUCCAACCAACUUAAGGACAUCUGUAACCCGUGCUCCGUACUCUAUCCCUCCGGCGCACCCUGCAUCCUCUCCGCCUGCCUCGUGUCCACCGAGCCCGACUCGUGUUUGAGGCUGAUGGCGGAUCGGUUCACCCCCGACGAGCGGUUCAGUCAGGCCUCCAUACAGUCGCACCUGCACACGCCGCGGGACGUCACCGCCACGCAUAUACUCGUGUUCCCCACGUCCGCCACCGCCACGCAGUCGGCGCAAGGGCAAUUCGAGCAGAGCGCGAUGGCGAACGGCGAGACCGACGACAUGAUGUUCCUCGGCGUCGACAUGAACGACAUGAACGACGACGAGAUCGGCGACAGCAACAUGACGGACCUGCUCAUCGGCGACAUGUUCAACAACAUGUGGCCGCAGGGCAGCCCCAGGAACGAUGGAGGCAGGGAGGAGGAUGCGGCGGCUGAUGAAGAUGAGCCGCAGCGUAAUGUGCCGCAGGCGACCUACGCCGGGGAUGACCACAGCCAGGAGCAGGUCGGCACUGUCCUGCAGCAGCCCCUAGCCCUCGGCUACAUGGUCUCCACGGCCCCCCUGGACGCCAUGCCGGCGUGGUGGUGGGCGGGCUGCACGCACCUGCGCGACGCCUGCCCCCCCGCCUUCCUCAAGAACGCGCUGCACCUGCACACCGGCUCCGUGCAGGCUGCCGACGACUUCACCAGCCUCACGCAGCGCAGCUCGCACAUGCACCCGCUCGACAGCCAGGUCACCACUGACGUGCUCAGGUACGUGCUGGAAGGCUACAACGCGCUCUCGUGGCUCGCGCUGGACGGCGAGACGCACGACCGGCGCUCGUGCCUGCCGCUCCACGUGCAGGUCCUCAUGCAGCUCUACCACACCGCCGCCGCGCUCGGUUAACCCCAUCCCGACUGCGAAAACGUUCGGCCAUCUUUACAACACGGCUCUCCUGACUGCCACGCGUCCUCGGCUAACACUCGGCCAUCCUGACUACGACGCGUCCUCGGCUAACACUCGGCCAUCCUGACAAAGGCACGUCUUCGGGCGAGCGAAUCUGGAGGCGCGGCCUUAUUUAUUCGAGACGGUCAGAUAAAAGAGUACACUAAUUUAUUACCCUAGUUGAUUCGACAUAGGAUUUUUCUAUUGUAAAUUGCUACCCUCGAAAUGGCCGUUUAAGAAUAGAAUUCUAGACGACAGUACUUAGGUAAAUUAUACGAUAGAGUAGGUGCCGUCGACUCUGCGCGGCUGGACCUUGUUACGUUACACGCUGGGUUUAAAAUCCACUGACAGAUGCGAAUUGAUACGUAAGUUAGACCAUUCGAUUGUAAGAUGUUGGUAAAGAUUAAGAGUAAGUUGUUAACAUCGGAGAUGAUGGGAUUUUGGAAAGUUAGUAACAAUUGGAAAUCCAACUUUUCGUAUUAGACAUGUACAUUUUAGUCGGUUUACGCAAAUUUGACAUCUAUCAUUUUGACAUUUUAACAAGUGGCAUUUUUAUUUAUUUUCGACUAUAUUAAAGAAAAAUUAUUUAGCUUCCAAUUGUUAUAAACUUUCAAAAAUCUGAUUGUAUAUUAAAAGGCCAAGAUAGUCACCUAAUCGGGUAGCUUAAGUGUAUUUAUCAUUCAACGCUUGUUACUUAGUGGUGAUAGAAACAUCCUGUAUCAACACUAUUCCUGUAUCAACACUAUCCUGUACAUUAUUAAAAGCCCAAUUUUAUAUUUGACAAAAUAUUAGUGACCAUUUACGUAAGGUCAGUUUGUGACCUAGAUAAGAAUAACACCAUUUUUAAGCAUUUUAUUGAACGAAAUCAAUUUAUAGCAAAUAUUAUAUUGCCUUUUUAAAAACAACAGUGAGAUAAUUAAUUGAAGUAUUAUCAUUUAUAAUAAAACAAUGAAAUUUUAACAACUGUCUUUGUGACACAUUGUUUUACAAGAUAACCUGAAAUCAUAAACUCUUUCUACCAUUCCCUAAAAGCAACGCAAGCAAGAUUUAAUUUAAAUGAGUUUUUGAAAGACGAUUCAAAAAUGCUAGGUCCAUAAUUUAACUUAUUAAAACCUAAGGUACACACGAUAGGUAUUAAAAACAUCCAAUAAAAAGAUCUUUACGGCUACCAGCAUAACCGUUUAUUUUCAUACAAAUAGACAUUAUAAACGCUGGUUGUAUAAAAUCAUUUCAAUUCGGACAAACGAACUUUGACAAUUUAUAGGGCAUUUCAUAAUUGUUAAACCUUUCUUUGGAAACGAAACGCUUCCAUUUCCAGUCUUUCAUUUGGACUACUCUUCCGCGAUCUCCUAUCCAUUUAUUCAUGAACCUCAUUUUGAAUAGCAUUCUAUUUAGAAAUCAUAUUAAUAGAUACUUUGUACUCAUUAUUUUAUUGAAUCACCGACGUAUAUUUUACGUAUAGAGUUGCUGCGAUUGCAAAAUAACGUCGUUAAAUUGAUUUAUAUUUUGGCGUUAAAGAACGUUUAAUAGUUUGAAAUUUCGACAAAAGAUCAUAGCAUAUGGCCACAGCUCUAAACCUGGUUUAUGAAGGUGUAUUCGGGUAAUUACGGAAAUU